AUGAAGCCGUACGACCUGCGGCGCCGCCUGUACAUCAUCAUGCGGGGAGAGGAGGGCCUGGACUACGGCGGCAUCGCCAGGGAAUGGUUCUUCCUCCUGUCCCACGAGGUGCUCAACCCCAUGUACUGCCUCUUCGAGUACGCUGGCAAAAACAACUACUGCCUGCAGAUCAACCCUGCCUCCUCCAUCAACCCCGACCACCUCACCUAUUUCCGCUUCAUCGGCCGCUUCAUUGCCAUGGCUCUGUAUCACGGGAAGUUCAUCGAUACCGGCUUCACGCUCCCCUUCUACAAGCGGAUGCUGAACAAGCGGCCCACGCUGAAGGACCUGGAAUCCAUCGACCCCGAGUUUUACAACUCCAUCGUCUGGACCAAGGAGAACAGCCUGGAGGAGUGCGGCCUGGAGCUGUACUUCAUCCAGGACAUGGAGAUCCUGGGCAAGGUGACCACCCAUGAGCUGAAGGAGGGCGGUGAGAGCAUCCGGGUGACGGAGGAGAACAAGGAGGAGUACAUCAUGCUGCUGACGGACUGGCGCUUCACGCGGGGCGUGGAGGAGCAGACCAAGGCCUUCCUGGACGGCUUCAACGAGGUGGUGCCGCUUGAGUGGCUGCGGUACUUCGACGAGAAGGAGCUGGAGCUGAUGCUGUGCGGCAUGCAGGAGAUCGACAUGAACGACUGGCAGAAGAACACCAUCUACCGGCACUACACCAAGAACAGCAAGCAGAUCCAGUGGUUCUGGCAGGUGGUGAAGGAGAUGGACAACGAGAAGAGGAUCCGGCUGCUGCAGUUCGUGACGGGGACCUGCCGCCUGCCGGUCGGGGGCUUCGCGGAGCUCAUCGGCAGCAACGGGCCCCAGAAAUUCUGC